UUUGAAAACAAUGGAGCUUCAGAAUUUAGUACAGCUCUAUGUAAUCCGUGAAAUAAACCAUCGAACAUAAUCUGAAGAGAUGAGAAAAGAAGCAAUAAGUCAGGAAAUUUCAGGGAAUGACUUUUUUUACCAGUUGAAUUUUAACAAGACUGAAGACUUCAUUUUGACAAAAAGUAUUCAAUUACUACAUUGCAAGGCAUCUUUUAACUUUGACGUAUAUUUUUUAUACAUUUUUUUGAAAUAAUAAGUAAAGAAAAGGAUUUUUUUUACAAUCAUCGUAUAUAUUCAAUGAACUAACUUACAUUCCUCAAGACAAUAUUAUGAAAAAUUCACCAGAAAGUCACAAAGAUGAUUGUCCGUGUGAUUGAAGGAGGCACGAAAUCUUCCCCUGCCAAUGUGCCAGAUUCCAAAGGCAAAGACUUUGCAUGCCAGACUGCCCUUGAAGAUGGUUUCAAAACUGACAUUCCCAUUUUCUUUUGCACUCUUUAUGCUUCUAAAGACGAAGCUGCCACACAGUGUUACAUACCAUCCCCUAAAGUAUAUGAGGAAACUGUCAGUAAACCUGAAGCUAGUCAACAAGAUCCCUGCCUGGAAACAAAGUCUUGCCAACUGCAGAUGGACCAUUUGCAGCAGACUAUCGAAGAAGUUAUUGAAAAAGCGAGACAAGAAGAGGAUGAUGACAACAGCUUUGACAGUAUUCAGGCAGACGACCACUUUGAUGCAUAUGAAGUAGAGAGACCAGAGGACCAGAAAUCUACCGAAGACCAGGGACCAGCAAGUAUCGGAAGCUUUGUGGCAAAGCAGGGAAAAACACCAGAACAGCAGAACCAGACAGCGAGUCAACAAAGGCAGUCCUCGGAUCAGGAGAAAAAAGGAAUCAGUCAGCAAGCACAAGUAUCUAAGAAAGUGAAGCUCAACCAGAGGGGAGAGAAAAGGAAGAAUGCUGACAGCGACUUUAGCUCGGAUGAUGACACAGAGUUUUGGAAGAGAAUGGCAAAGAAGCAGAAGAAGAUCAAAUGGACCGGCUGGAACCGACACAGGUGGAGAGGGCCCCAGGACACCCAGGAGAAAGGCUUGCAGGAGGACCCAGUGACCCCUAUCAACACAGCUGAGGAGGAGGAUGUUCAAAAAGAUUCAGAUAAUAUGUUAGAAGCCAAGAUUAUGACUAGUAAGGAAGGUGACGAAAUGAGCCAGACAAUGGAUGAUGGUGACUGGAUAACAGAUGAUGAAGAGGAUGAAGAGAAUUUUGAUCUUGAGUCAGCCUUCCGAGACGAACUGAAGAAGAAACGCCUACCUGUGAACUCUAAAGAAAAGAAUUUUAUUUGUGAAGUGUGUGGCAAGCAGUACUCCAAAAACCACCUACUUAGAGAGCACAUUGUGCGAAGUCAUCAGGACCACCAACAAGCCAAAAAAUACCCAUUUCAGUGCAAGCAUUGUCGAAGAGUAUACUCUGGUGAAAAGCAGUUGCAGACUCACUACACCCAAUUUUCUGGUCCAUGUGAGAUAUGUGGAGUGGUAGUGGGAUGCAGUGGCUUGUUCUGGCUUCACAGGAGGAACCAUGAGUCUGAAUGCUCCAUCUGUAACAAGGUGUUUUCUGCUAAGGCCACACUGGAAAUGCACAUGAAAACCAAGCACAUGGAGAAGAGAUUAUCAUGUCCAGAAUGUCCCAAAAGGUUUGCAUUCCAGUCACAGAUGAGUAAGCAUAUGCAGAAUGUACACAAUCAAGGAGGGGCUCAAGUGUUUGCAUGCAAAGAAUGUAACUUCAUCACAAAUAGAAAGACUGCUCUCAGGGCUCAUGAUCGAGCUAUGCACCGUAUCAGAAAGGUUUAUUCUUGUAGUGGUUGUGAGGGCACCUUCAAAAGGAGAUCUAGUCUUGAAAACCAUAACUGUGGUGGGAACAGACAGGGACAAUUCUCCUGCAAGAUUUGCUUCAAGGCUUUCAUUUCUUUCAGUGAUCUGUGCUCCCAUGAAAAGUCAACUCAUGGUGGACAAGUCACAGUGGGCAUGCCAAGUGAGGCAGGUAUCCUGAAUCAGGAUAUCCAGACAUAUUCAUGCCAGGUGUGCCACACAACUUUUGUGUCUGGCCGAGGACUCCGCAUUCAUGCCCUCAAGGUUCAUGGGCUUGUCAUUGAGGACAUGAAAGAGAGUGAACAGGUGGAAGAGGAGUCCAUCCAGGUCACAGAAGGGAGUGAGGCUACUGAAGUGGCCUUCAUGCACAUUGACGUUAACAAUGAUGGCAAAGCAGGUUCACUAAAGGAUAAUCAGGAACAUAAACAAGAGGACUCAAUUCUGGGUUUGGACACUACAAGUGAUGGCCUCUCUACUAUCAGGUCAGCCCUCAGCCUCCCUGCCUAUGUUGUUCCCCCCGAUGUCAGCAUGGUUGAAAUCGAUGGGGUGCAGUAUCAUGUUAUCAGAGGCAACCAGUGAGAAGAAGGAACAAUAAUACUGAAGAUUCUGGGAAGUAUUAUCAGUGCAUUUGAUUUAAGGUAUGACUAUACAAGAAUGUAUAUAAGACAUGAGUAAACAUUUGAGUUUCUGAUUUUAUAUAAAGAGAAUAUUUAUCAGAUUCUGAUAUACACAAUCUAUACUGAAAAUAUCAAAUAAAACGUAUUUGUAAAAA